AGCACUUUUUGGACACGGAGUAUGAUAAGGCUAAAAAAGCUCAUGACAAGACAAGCGGGCUGAAGGAGCAUGAAAGCCAUAAUGAUCACGACUCCUUCGAAGAUAAAAAAUUACACGCAAAAGAGAACAGCGAUCAUCAUAAAACGCACACCGGAGGCUCUGUUGCCACAGGAAGUGACACGGAAACAGCUGCUAUAAUUGACGACCAUGUCCGAUCACCCCAUUACAGUCCUCCUUAUGGAGUUCAUUAUAAAAAACAACCCCAUGUUGCACACGAUGGACACCAUUUGAAGGAAGACAGUCAUGCUCUGAAAGAAGAUGCUGAAUCUUCCAGAUUACAUCACAGCGAAGAAUCGAAAGGGCAUCGGGAACACAACAGCGAGCGAAAUCUUCACAAAGAAGAGAAUGACAAAGGCUACUUGGACAAGGACAAAGGACGUAGGAAAGAAGGAUACAGAGAAAGAGGAUACAAAAUAACAGCCGAAAGAGAAUAUUUCUUAAAUGAUGCCCACCAUGAUAAGGGAUCAUCCACUCACACCAGCGGAUCGAAACUUAAGGACCAAGAAGGCACAGCUCAUGGAUCAAAGGAAGGUGAACGAGAUAGAGGAUUCACGAAAGAAGAGAAAAUCGAAGAGGCUCAUGAUGCCGCUUAUGAUGCCAAAAACAGACAUUAUUAUGAUGGAGAACAGCAUAAGGAAGAUUUUUCUUCCGGAAAAACUUCUUCAUCUUCCAGCGGGCAGAAGACGCAGAAAGAGGAAUUAGUUCCUUUGGCGCCCCCUGCAGUCAACUAUGUGGAGGCUCAACCUCAUCCUCUGCCAAUAUUUCCUCUUCCAAUUGCUUAUUCUCCUUCUAACGAUGGUGCCAAAGCGGUGGUAGCUUAUCCUCCGGAUAAUCUUAAUCUAGGGAAAAAACUCGCUAAUGAUUACCAGUCUCCCAUAACCAACAGCCGUCAAGCUCGUAAUGGAAGACCUUCGGUUAGCGAUUUACGAAAGCAAGAGCCCAUAGGUGGUUAUGAUGACGAUUAUGAUCAGCCGGAGAAAAAUGGAUACGUCGGCCACGCUUCUUACAAGAAACGGAAUCCCAGUCCUCUGAUAGCAAGCAUCAGAGAUAGCGUUCGAAAAGAUGUGCACGCAAAACCUCCUUCUUAUUCAAAAUCUAAGAGCACAUCAUCUGAAGAAAACUCUGUACGUUUUCCAGCCGAAGAAAGCGAGAAACAUAAAUAUAGUGAAGAAAGAGAUACCGAAGAAGAAAGCGAAGAAGUAGUUUUUCCUCAAGACGAUAAGCAGUAUAAAGGAGACAACAGAGAUCGAGGUAAUGAAGACAGCUAUCAACUGACUCCGAAGCCACCAACACUUAUUGAUUUGCGCAAAGAGCAUCGACACACUGCUGAGAAAGAUAGAUCGUAUCCAGAAGUGCCAAACCAAACCCGAUAUCAUCAAAAUGAUAACGUACAUCAUAAGCAGUAUCCUCAGCUUCAAAACACCAGAGAUGCCCAAAGGUAUUAUGAGCAAAUUCAACCUGAUGUUCGGGAAGUUCAGCAUCCUGAUAAACUAUUACGGACAGUAGACUUAAAUGCAUAUUCUAACAUUCAGAGCGGAAAGGUUCCAACUAACGGUCAUUUAAGCCAUGAUGUACUUCGUUACUCACAACCACAGAUAAAUCAACCUUAUGCGGAUGUGCAACGUAGAAAUCGAAAUAACAACCAAGCACUUUACCCCGAUAUUCAAAGCUUUUAUAAUCUUGGCAAUCAAGGGCCGUUUGGUCAACGCCAGCUACGUGUAGAGAAACAGCCACAAAAUUCCCUCAACGUUCAACAAGAUCCGCGCACAAGUAGAAUAAAUCAAUUGCUUCAGACGACACAGCAACAACCAAUAGGAAGAAUAAAUCAAUUAAUUCACAACACGCAGCAACAAAAUCCACGCCCACUAACUUCCGUAGAGCAGUUACCCAGAGCGAUGAGCCCCUUGGAACAACUGCAGCAACUUCAAGCAAGAGUAACUGCUCAGCAACAAAAUAAUCAGCGAGGAUUAACUUUAACACAGCAGCAUCAAAAUACUCAGCGAGGAGUGACUCCGCUGGAACAACUUCAGCAGCAAACAAAACCCCCAUUCAGUCCAGUCGUGCUUCUUUCUCGCGGACCUCCUUCUCAGACCCAAAACCAUGCAGUCGAUGUCUGGUACACUCGGCAACAAAGUUAAAACAUAAAAUGCAACGUAGAAAACAUAAAGGACUGCAAAAUUUUUAAUUAAGCUAGUGCUAUGAGAUGAAGGGUUUUAAUCGGCAAUGGGUUUUACGUGGCGCCUGAACUUUGUACGGAAACAAUGGGACAAACUUUUAUACUUUAGGAAAUGAGCUGUUUAACAGUGGUUAAAUUGUAUUUUAAUAUUUACUGAUCUUAAAUAUAAAAUUAGAAAUGAAUAUUAUUUAUUCCAUAGAAAGCAUCUACACCAAGUACUGGGAAAAACAUUUAUUUUUGAGAAUUUCUAUACAUUUAACAUGUGACUUUGAGAAAUCCAAUAUACCUUUUUGUAAUUUAGAAAUCUCCAGAUAAAUGUUAUGAAGUAUCUUUUACAUGAAUAUCUUUAAUAUUUUAACCAACUGUAAGUUUUACAGUUAUGCUAAAGUAGAUGUGAAUUACAAAAUUAUUACUGUAAUUAUAAGAGAGCAGUAAGAGUGUAUCUACACUCACAUUGAGAAUUUCUCCCAUUAACUUCCUAUCCUAUUUUUUAUACUAUCGUAAUAUCCUAUUUUUUUCCAAAGUUACUGAAUGAUAAUUUUUAUUUUUCAAAUGAAUUAUUACAAAUUUCAAGUUGGUAAGUAUUAAACUUGAACUGAUAAUUUAACCUGAAAUCUAAACUAUAACGGACUUUAAAAUAAUAGACACAGUUAAACUUAAGUCUAAUUUAAAAAUUUCAGAAAUAAUAAUGAAAAUUUAAAAUAUUUCCAUCAUAAAUUUCAAUAUUUUUUUGUACAGAACCUUGCAACAUUUAUUAUGUAAUUUGAGUUAUGGAUUACAUCCCAAAGUUUGUUAAGUAACACGUCUGAGAAGAAUAAGUUAAUAAACUAUAAAAAUCAGUUAAAAAUCAUUUAUGUAAUUAAUGAAAUUUUCUAUAAAUACAGAAGUAUCUGUUAUAGAAAACCUCUUUUGCUGAAAAAUUUUCUUCCCCGCGCAGAGAUUCUCGUACAUAGGAAGACUGCAUACAAAAAUCUAUAUGAAAUAAAGAAAAAUUCUUAGCUUCUAAUUUUAAAUAAUAAAUGAUAUAUUCGUAGAUAACAAGCUAAAUUAUCACAAACUAUAAGUUUAUAGAAGGAAUAACACACCAAACAAUUCGUAUUCCAAAGAAUGAAUAGAGAAAUUUUAAGAACUAUUAGCUAUCCACUUAUAAAGUUCCUUUUUACACAACACACUUUGAUAUAAUGAAUGCAUUAAAUAAAGAGAAAGCACCCAAGCUACUAUAUUAGUAGAUUAAUUCGCAAGAAAUAUUGUUGAAUGUAGUUAUUUGUUAAUGUUUACACCACUGAAUAAACUUUAUUGUAUUUAUUUGUUUUGUAUAUAAAAGGGCAUUUUGUAUUUGUGAAUAUUAAACUGUUGGGAAAUAUAC